UUCCUACAUACAAAAUGUUGUCCAGCCAAAGUGUUUUAAAACAGCAGUAAAUAGUUAGUAUAGUCAUGACGUCAUGGUUUCAUGCUAGGAUGUUGUUUAACUUUUCGCUUUUCGUGAAAUGUUAAAACGUAAAGAUAAAAAUGAUUUUUUAAUGGUAUUUCUAAGAAAUUAAAUUUUUCAUAGCCAUUAAUUCCAGGACAACAGCUCAAAAAAAGUUUAUUAACCCCUCUUUCGAAUAGAAUAACAUUUCAUUGAUCGUUUCCAAACAUGUUAACUAAAACGACGCCCAUUAAACGAACAACAGAUUGACGACAGAAUGACAACCAUGAACUGCAUGGUACAGUACAAUAGGAAAUAUAGAAUGAUGCUAACAUGGUAUUUCUGUCAACGCUUACGAUCGAAAAUAGUUUAUCAUAAAGUGCGCUGAAGGUUUAAAAUGAUAGUACUCACUAAACGUCUUCGAGUUCCUGGAUUGUCUGUAGAUAAACUGUUUAAAUCCACUUUAGUUACUGCUACAUUACAAAACGAUGCGGACUUUAAAAAUUACGAGGAUAUGCCUGGACCGAAUCCAUUACCUUUGCUGGGAAAUAAUUGGCGAUUUUUGCCAAUCAUCGGUAAUUACAAUAUUUCUGAAAUAGACAAACUAUCUUUGAGUUUAUGGAAAAAAUACGGAGACGUUGUAAAAAUCGGUAGUCUUCUUGGCAGGCCUGAUAUGGUGUUUUUAUAUGACGCAGAUGAAAUUGAAAAAGUUUUCAGGAAUGAAGAACUUAUGCCACAUCGGCCAUCAAUGCCUUCAUUAAAUUAUUAUAAACAUGUCCUUAGGAAAGAUUUUUUUGGUGAUUUAGCGGGCGUUAUUGCUGUACACGGGGAAAAGUGGUAUCAAUUUCGCAGUAAAGUACAGCAACCUAUGCUUCAACCGAGAACAGCAAAAUAUUAUAUUGGUACUAUCGAUGAAACAGCAAUAUCAUUUGUUAAUAGAAUAAAAAAAAUUAAGAAUCACAAGCAAGAGGUACCUGAUGAUUUUUUAAAUGAGAUACACAAAUGGUCUCUUGAAUCAAUAGCAAGGGUGGCACUUGAUCAAAAGCUUGGUUGCUUUGAUGAUGACUUCAAAAUUAACUCGGACACUCAAAAUCUUAUAAAUGCUAUAAAUACAUUUUUCGAAAAUGUACCAGUACUCGAACUGAAAAUUCCUUUUUGGAAACUGUUUAAUACUCCUACUUGGAAAAAAUAUAUUGGCGCACUGGAUGUGAUUACAGAGAUUACUUCAAAGCAUAUUAAUAAAUCAUUAGAUCAACUUUUGUCAGAAAAAUCAUUCGUAACUGAUCAUCAAUCGUCAUUAUUGCAGCGAGUAUUAAGUUUAGAUCCAUCAAAUCCAAAACUUGCACAAAUACUAUCAUUAGAUAUGUUCAUCGUUGGAAUAGAUACGACAUCUGCUGCAUUAGCAUCAAUUUUGUAUCAGUUAAGUAAAAAUCCAGACAAACAGAAAAAACUAAGAGAAGAAAUUUUUUGUGUGUUAUCUGAUGGAAAUUCUCAACUAACAUCUAGUAAAUUAGAACAGCUUCAAUAUCUUAAAGCUUGUAUUAAAGAAACUUUGAGAAUGUAUCCGGUUGUGUUAGGAAAUGGAAGAUGUAUGACGAAAGAUACAGUCGUUGGUGGAUACAAAGUACCAAAAGGAGUGCAAGUCAUAUUUCAACACUACGCUAUUAGCAACAGUACUAAAUAUUUUAAUCAGCCUGAUCAAUUUUUACCAGAAAGAUGGUUGAAAGGAUCACCUCAUAAACAUCAUCCUUUUGCUAGCUUACCUUUCGGUUAUGGUAAAAGAAUGUGCUUAGGUCGCCGUUUUGCAGACUUAGAGCUCCAAACUGUAUUAGCAAGAAUUUUGUUAAAUUUCCAGGUUGAAUAUAACUAUGGUUUAUUAAAUUAUACUGUUCAUCCAAUUUAUAUGCCAAAUGGACUACUGAAAUUUAAAAUGAUUGAAGACUAAAAUGACCAAAAACAAAUUUUGUAACAUAA